CUGGCGCCGAUAUCCCAGUUCGUGGAAAAAUGCCUUAAGUUAUUGGAAGAACCGACAGAUUUCUGGUCCAAAACCCAUACCUAUAUUCGGAAAUGUUUUGAGUCCUGUCCUAAAAGCGCGACCAUAUGUGGAGAUGGAGUGAUUUCUGGUCCAAAACCCAUACCUAUAUUCGGAAAUGUUUUGAGUCCUGUCCUAAAAGCGCGACCAUAUGUGGAGAUGGAGUGGUAUAAGAAAUAUGGCAAACUGUUUGGUGUGUUCAAUAUGGGUAAGCCUUCCCUAACAGUGGCCGACCCGGAGCUCGUCAAACAAAUUCUGGUCAAAGAUUUCCAUUCAUUUCGUAACCGAACGACACCUCCGGGACGUAAUAGAGUGAUCGCAAAGAAUAUGUUUAGUGCGAGGGAUGACGACUGGAAACGAGUCCGGGCUAUAGCCAGCCCUACCUUCACGUCCGGAAAGAUGCGGAAAAUGUAUGCUCUGAUCAACCAUUGCUGCAAAGACUUCAUCGAUAGCCUGGAUAAGGAUGUGUCGAAUGGUAUGAAUGAAGUCGAGUUGAAGCAACUGAUGGGCGCCUACACUAUGGAUGUGAUCGCCAGCUGUGCCUUCGCUACCAAAACCAAUACAUACGCCGAUCCUAACAACCCGUUCACUACUAAAGCCAACAAUCUGUUCAAUAUUCCCGUUUGGAGAGGGAUGUUACAAUUGCUUUUGCCAUCAUUUAUAGUAAACACUGAUAUAUACCGCCGAACUUUAAAUGCCGGCACUUCUGACAUUGACUUCUUCGUAGACUUCUCCAGAAGUUUAGUACAGAAACGAAAGAAAAACAAUGAAAAACAUAACGAUUUUCUGCAGUUAUUAAUGGAUGUCGAGAGAAGUGAUGGCGAUAUCCGAGAGGCCAGUGAUGCCAAUGAAGCACAUCAUGUGAAUGAGGGGAAGGAUGAGAUGAAAGCCGACGCCGAAGCUCUCAGUGAUGUCGUCGAGAAGAAGUUGACUGAAGACGAGAUAUUAGCCCAAUGUUUCCUCUUCUUCACCGCCGGUUAUGAGACGACUGCCACUACUCUGUCGUACUGUACGUAUGAGUUGGCUCUCAAUCCUACACUUCAGGACAGACUCUAUGAGGAGACGAAAGAGGCGUUCAAUGAAAAGGGAGAAAUCGAUUACGAAGUGCUGUCGAGACUACCAUUCAUUGACGCACUUCUGUCCGAAACUCUUCGCAAUUAUCCGCCUUUACUUCGACUUCAGAGGGAAGCCAUGGAAGACAUAACUCUUGGAGACACUGGAGUGAAGAUCGAGAAGGGAGUGAUCGCCGAAAUCCCUGUCUAUGCUAUACAUCACGACCCCGACUACUAUCCGGAUCCAUUUACCUUCAGCCCGGAUAGGUUUAUGCCUGAAAACCGGGAUCACAUCCAAGCCUACACUUACCUGCCUUUCGGAUCGGGUCCACGAAAUUGCAUUGGAAUGCGAUUCGCGUUAUUGGAGGCAAAGCUCGCGUUAGCGAAGAUCUCACAGCAGUUCCGCUUCUCCAGAGUCACCGACACUGACGUUCCCGUAGUCUUCAAUAAGGGUCGGACUUUUUGUCAGGCAAAACGACUUGUGGUCGGCAUUCAGAAACGA